ACAGAGUUAAACCAUAAUCAAUAAUUGAUCCCUACUUAUAUAUAUAGUUUUACAAUCAUAAACAAUUCAUUUAUUAAAGAUAAAUAAGAAUAAUUUCCCCCUUUUCCCUCUCGUUUUCCAGUUCCACGAAUCCCUCUUCUCAUAUCUCCGGUCCCCCGAAUCACACCCGCACGCACCGGAAAAAGUUCAGAGCCCGCGCCGUCACCCUUGUAUACGGCCAAGGAAUUUCAGGAAUGAGUCGCCGACCUGUAAAUCCCUCCCUUAAGCGGAAAAGACCUGAAACAGAUUCACCAGGUCUGGUAGAUGCCGAGCGUGCGAUCCUCAAUUCGAUCAAAGGUAAAAAGGAUUUGGGCAUUUGGGCAAGAGACAUCAAACAAGAGACAAAGCUCACCGACCAUGUUGUCAACAAAUCACUCAAGUCUUUGUUGGCUAAAAAGUUGAUCAAAGAGGUAGUAAACAUUCAAAACAAGGGAAAAAAACACUACAUGGCCGUCGAGUUUGAACCUUCUAAGGAAAUCAGUGGAGGUGAAUGGUAUGUCGAUGGGAACCUCGACAAAGAGCUUAUUAAUGUACUUAAACAACUAUGCUUUAGGUACUUGCGUACACAGAAGGUUGCUACCCUAGAGGGAGUCUACAAUGAACUGAAGAAGAAUCGAGUGGUGACAUUUGACAUCUCCAACCAACAAGUUAGUGAAAUACUCAACUCAAUGGUUUUAGACAAUGAUCUCAUAGAGGUGAAGAGCACUGGUCUAGGAGACUAUCAUUCAAUUCCUAUUGGAACAGUUUGUUACAGAAUUGCAAGUGCAGCAGGUGUUGCAAAGGGUCCAAGGAUGGGUGCAUUUGCUUCCAUCCCCUGUGGUGCUUGCCCCCGGAUUAGUUUGUGUACGCCUAAUGGUGUUAUCUCCCCAGGUACUUGUGUGUAUUACACCAAAUGGUUAAGCAUUGAUUUUUGAACCUUACUAUGAUUUUCUUUUUUUUUUUAGUGGGAAUUUUGGUUUAAUGGUUUGAAUCCAGUUGUACAUUAUCACUUUUACCGUGUAUUUUUAAGUUGAUUUACA